AUGGAUAGACAAGUAAAAGAAUCCAAGUCACAUUCUUUAUCAGCUACUUCCUUCUCUUCAUUAUCCUCACCUUCCUUCACAUAUUUUCCAUAUCAGCACUCUGAAAGCAACAACAACAACGACCAUAUCCCUCCUCCUAUACUUUUACCCUCCAAAUUUAAUAAAAAUAAUUUUCUUUCAUCAUCAAAUUCUUCCACUACACAUAUCCCUUCAAUCGUUUUUGAUCGACACAGCGCAGAGGCUUUGGUUGGUAGUGUUGAUAGUUUUGGAAACGAAAACAGUAGAGACACAAGUAGUGGAACAACAGUGGACAUCGUUGAUCGUGCACCCUUUUACGUUGGGGCAGGAGGAAGGCUGCCUAUUGGGGAACAAAAGAUGAGCAGCUUAGAGAAAUUAAUCAGGCUGGUUUAUAAAAUUAUUUUAAAAAAUAUUAUGUAUCCAAUGAUGUUGCUAAACAAUUUUCAUAUAAACGGUGGACUAAAUAAACGAAAUAAAGUAAAAAAUUUAAAAAUAGGGUGA